AUGACGAGUGUUCUUGAUGAUCAUCCGGAUGAUAUCGAAGUCCCAAACAUUCAGGUCUGGGACAAUGCUGCAUUUGAAAACGGUGAAUCUGAUGUUAGAACUCGUUCUUGGUCGACUGUGCAAGAUUCGUACAAGAACACAUCUUCUGAAUCGUUGCAGAGUGAUUGCAGCAAAGAAAAUUUAUGCCCUUUGAGUUUGAAGACCCCUGUUUCUACAAAGUACUCUGUUUCUGUGAAGCCGCUCAGUCGUACUGGCGUCAUUGAAAAUUCACAAUGGAAGCCAUUGAAAACGCCCUGUAUGAUCAAAAUGUGUGGUGUUAGGGGGAAUGAAGAGGAGGAGGUAAUUAGUAAGGAGAUGAACAUCGAUGAAGAAAUUGAGGAAACAGAGAUGGAAAUCAUUCGACUGUCGACGAGGCUGAAAGCUCUUCAAUUUGAGAAGGCCAAGCGGGAUGCUGCAAGAACAUCAGUUCAGAGGGGCGGAAGAUUCGUGCCCGUCAGAACAUUUGACGUGAAAAUUGGCCAAAACAGAGGAUUGAGUUUGGGACCGUCGGAAAUCCACUCCGGCGUCGGAGCUCGGCGGCAAGGGAAGACGGAACUCACGCCGAUUCAACGGAUACAUAACCGUCGGAAAUCAUGCCUUCCGAAAUUACUAGAGAUUGACGAGGGGAAGACGAAGAACAGAAGAGGAAACAUGAGCCUUAGCCCAAAAUCGCGGAGGACUUUGAUUAAGGCUCAAACUGUUCGGAAACCGGCAACCACCGUCGUAUCCAAAAGGCCGGCGAAGAAAGAUGGGCUUGUUGAAUUGAUUCAGCCGAAGAAGCUCUUUAAAGACGUUGAAAAAUCAGUAGUACCCACGAGUGUCAAAAAGGCAUUGAAGAGUGGUAGGAUUGUAGCGAGCCGUUACAAUCAGAUUAAUGAAAGCAGCUCCCAAGUAGCGACAGAGAAUCGUAAGAGAUCUCUGCCGGGGAAUUGCAGAGACGACGGAAGCAGUAGGUAUGAUAAGCGGCGACCUUCGUCGGAAGUUUGCCGGAGUAAAGGGCGGCAAAGCAGAGUGAAGAAGCAACGGGAAAUUCCGAGUGAAAUGAUGGGUUUCCCAGAAGAAAUGGAAGAAAGGAGUUGGGAGUGUUCAGUUUGGAAGGUGGGGGAAAUGCUUCCAAGGAUCAGGACGAGUCGGUGUGGGAGUAUGAGCCCAAGGGCGUCGGGGCCGGCCAAGAGGGUGGCUGAAUUGAUUGAUAGUAAGACGAACAUUUUUGCUAAUGGGGAGAUGGAAGCAUCGAUCUGUCAGAAGUUGAAUUUUGCAGAGGAUGAGGAGGAAGAAGAAUGA